AUGCAUUUUCUUCUUCUUUUGGGGUUUGGGGAAGCUCUGCUCGCAUCUGCUCGACCCCUGGGCAGCGGUUCUGCCGUUCAUUUGCCUCGCAAUUCUCUCCCACAGUGCGCAAAUGAUCCCGUUUGGAUUCAGUUCCAGUACUCUCCCCUACAAGCGCAGGCGAGCGCGUUCUGCAGCGCGUUUAUCGGACAGACAGUGACUCAGGCUGUCACCGUGCAGCCUACCACUACGAGAAUCGAGCCCGUCACGACAAUCACCGAAAAAACGGUCGAUGUCACCGUUACAGACACUUUGGACGUUCUCGAUACAGUUACCCAGUGGUACUCCAGCACGGCUAUUGUUCCAGUCACCAUUACAAGCGUGAUCGAGGAUAUCGUUCCAACUACUGAUUUCAUCACGACAACCGAUGCCACGUCAAUCAGCACUGCAACAGAUGUGGUCACAACUAGCGUAACUGAUACUACAGUGACUAGCACUGUAGUGAGCACCGAUGCUUUCACAACAACAGACGCAACAGUCUAUGCAACACAAACCUCGACGUUGAGUAUGACUGUUACGGAUGCUACUGUCACCAACACAAUCACCAGUUUUAGAACUGUCUCUACUGUGGCCACUCUUGUGCAAACUAUUGUGCAAAGAGAUGUCGAAGUGGAGGAUGAUCAAGAGUACAUUGAAGCCUGUCCUGCACCAGAGCCAGAAUGCACUUCGCCGGAUUGCCUUUUCAGCAGCUGGCUGGAUGAGGUCAGCACAAUCGCAACCAGCGACCUCAGCAGUGCUUGUUCUUGUCUAGUUGUACCUGCUACCACCACAACCACCGUCUUGACUACUGGGUCACAGGCGCCUUCCAUAUUCGCAACUGCCACGAGUCGUGUCACAGCCUUCCAGGGUAGAACAAGCAGUCACAUUGUGUCAGCAACAUCAGUGAUUAGCGAGACUUUACACUUCUCUCGCUCGGUCACUCAGACUAUUAUAUCACCAACCACAAGAUACAUUCAUGCCACUGCGUCAUCAUCCGCCAUAGUAACUCGUGUUGCAACCGAAAACAAGGCAGCCAGCACCACAAUAACGUCCGUCGAGUCUGUAACUAUCGACGAGACUGCCUCUGCGACAUCUACGGUAGUUGCUAGUGCUACGAUAGAUGAAACAGCUUCCACUACUAUUUCAGUAACGGAGACUAGAACGGCAACUGUCUCGCCCACGUCUUGUGCCCAACUACCGAACCCCUAUUACGAUGCUACAGCCGGGCGGACAUAUGAGCUUCAGUGCGGAUAUGAAUAUUCCUACAGCGCAUUCAAGAUUGUGGGUUUGGAUAUCUACGUUACGUUUGCACAAUGUCUUAGCGCAUGUUCAACAUAUUCUACAUGUCAUUAUGUGCAGUAUGAUCAUAAUGUGCAAGAAUGUUUUCUGCUCAAUGCAGUGACCGGUGGCCAGGCUGAAAGUGUCGUAGACGUAGCACAGCUGGACAUUCAGAACGUAUCUCCUUAUUUCUUCGAAAUUAUACUUGUCGGUGGGCAGAUAACUGAGUAUAUGGUCGUUGCCAUACAUGGCUCUUGUCGCCAAGCCUGGUAUUAUUCUGAAAUAGACCCUGAGGCUGGUUCAGAAUUCUCCAACACUCAUGACGGAAAAGCCUACGAGCAAUAG